CCAACCACCAAACAAAACACACACACACACACACACCAACACAACUCUCUCCACAGAAAAGAUACUACUCUGCAAUGCCACCGCCACCUCCCUCCAAACCUCCCCCCCUCCCCACAAACCACCUCACCUUCGACACCUGGAACUCCUCCUCGACAGGCCACCAAAUCGCCGACCCCGGAUCCUCCCGCGGAAUCACCUCAUGGCGCGAGACUCGACGAGAGAAACUCACCAGACAGUUUGGGGUGGGCAGGGGGGAUUGUACAUAUGACAGUGAUGGGGAGAAGAAAGGGGAGUGGGUUGUGACCACCCAGAUACCUGCAGAAUUGCAGAAGAAGAAGGAGAAUGGAAGAAGAAAUCAGCAGAGGGAUAUACGGAGUAUGUUUGGAGUGUCGAAACCAAUUCCUCAUUCUACUACUGGGAUAUCUUCAUCAUCAUUGAAGAGAGAUGCUACGUCAUUGGAUAAUCAUGAACAGGAGGAGAAGGAGAAGAGGAUAAGAAUUGAUCAUCAAGACAUUAAUGGGAAUAAAAUAACAGACACAGACACAUACACAGAAUCAAUAUCAAGGAGAGAAAUUAAUGCAUCUACAUCUACAUCUACCAUCUUCUCCUCCCUAAGCAUCCACAUAAACGGCCAAACAACACCCACCGUCUCAGACCACAAACUCAAACAUCUUCUCAUCUCGCACGGCGCAAAUCUCUCGCUUCAUAUGCAUCGUGGAGUUACGCAUGUUAUUCUGGGGGAACCUAAUACUCCUCCUUCUUCUUCUUCAAUAAAUUCAGGAAUAAAGGUAGCAGGGGCAGGGGGUGGGUUAGCAGCUGAAAAGUUACAAAAGGAGAUACAGAGGGGUGGGUGGAAGGGGGUUAAGUUGGUGAGGGUUCAGUGGGCUAUGGAUAGUAUUGCAGUAGGGAAACGUCUCUCCGAGGCGAAAUAUGCUGCUCAGUUGAGAACGAACCAGAGGAGUGUGCUUGCAUUUACGACGUCGUCUACAGCUACAUCAAAUACCAUUUCAUCAGUUUCAUAACAUUAUCUAUCUAUCAUACUAUAUACAUUAAUAUCAUCCUGUUCAUAUCA